AUGUCGCGGCACACUCCAACGCACGAUCCGGAGCGUUCCGAUCCAUGCGAUUCGCCGGUCACGCGGACUUCAUCGAGCGAGGACGACGACCUUUCCAUAAAGUUGAAUGAGUCGAUGCGAGGUAAAGAGAGCACCGCUACAAUCGUUGUGGAUGACAGUUCUCCGGCCGAAAGAGAGCUGGCGCAUGGCCAUCAAGAGACGAGCUGGAUAUCUCGAGUUGUUGGACUCUUGAAGCGCGUUGGCUUGCUAUUCACAACCCGCGAGGCGGAUUACAGACCCGGCCAGGCGCAGACGCCACGACCAUGGAAAGAGACAUUCCUACGGAUUGGGCCGUUGUCUGGCAUCUUGUGUCUUUUCGUCGCGGCCUUGAGCACCACAGCCUCUCUCGGUAUCCUUGCCGGCUCGGACAAGCAACUCGUCGGAAAUUGGGCGGCUCCGCCUUCAGCCUAUAUCGCCAUCUUCGCCACCGUUGUGGUCAUUGAUGGCCCGCUUCUCCAGCGAGCGUCCAGUGUUAUGUCAGCGCCGAUCGUGGAUCGCACGGCGGAGUUGAAGAUGAGCAUGGUGCCUGAGAUUCCAACUGGCUAUGGAGGAUUCUGGGCCCCUCAAUCCGUCUUGGGCGCCACCCAGCCGUACAACAGCGUAUUUGCCCACAAGACGUCGCCAUCAACGAAUGGUCCAGUGUCGAACAUGAUUGAAACCACGUGUCCAGCCGGGCUGCUUGGCCAACUCACGAAAUUGUGGUAUCACAACCAAUCUCUCCCGGGUAUCGCUCAAGGCUGCCCCGGAAGCUGCAAAGCAAAACUGCUUGCUCCCGCUUUGGCCGUCGUGGACUGCAAGUCGCAAGUCAUCCCGGUGGAUUAUAAUGUCGUCAUCACCAACUUCAAUGUCACCGCGGACACGCCGUUCCCCCUUACCAAUCAAGCCUUCAAGGUGAACCUGGACCUGGUGGUGGAUGACGAACAGGAAACGAUCGACAUCAUUACUGCAGUCUCGCAUACCAAGGGCUGCGUAGGGUCUCUAAAUCAAACUGUGUGUACUCUCCGGUCGGCCGUGGGCGAGUACGACGUUCAGAUUGAGAACGAUCUCGUCUUCCUCUCCGACACGGCCGAGCCCAGCAUUGUCACCGUGGCCGAGAACGCACCGGUCAACCACACCGCGAUCGACGGCAGCCACUCGUCGACGCUGGCGGCGAUAGUGAUGAUGCUGGUGGCAGAAUGGACGUCCUACGUCGUAUACAUGGAUGGGAACGGGCAAGGGAUCAUCCCGUGGAUCUACGGCCCGCAGACGUCGCUUCUGUACAAUACACAGGACGGAUCGGCCUGCGCCUCGUUCGAAGACCCCUUGCCCGAUUUGCUGUCCGAUAUGAAUCGAGCGAUGAUCUACCUGGGCUGGCUUGCGUUGAACAAUGUCGCACAGCCGAAUCUCACCACGCUCGAUCCUGGCGUCAAGGUCGACACCACGGUCAAGCGCCAGGUAACGGGGUAUCAUACCAUUUAUCGAACAAAUUACUGGUAUCUCUUUGGAGCAGCGUUGGUGGAGUUAGUAUGCAUUGCUCUCGUAGCGCCGACGUAUUGGGGAUGGUGGAAGAUUGGCCGGCCCGUUUCGUUUUCGCCGCUCGAGUUGGCAAAGGCAUUUGAAGCGCCGAUAUUGCAAGACGUCAAUUCUAACUCGUCCGCUCUCGAGAUUGCAAACGAGUGCGUGAAUAUGCGGGUAAAGUAUGGUUCCAAGGUGGCGCGGGAGCCAGGUAAAGGGCAUAAGCUGGCGUUUGGGGAGACCGAUGAGAUACAGCGGCCUUCUCAAGGGUCGUUAUUUGCAUGA